CCAAUUUUAAGGUGAAUUUCCCCCAAUUUUUGGCCAAUUUUAAGUCAACUUUGGACCAAUUUUUGAGUGAAUUUUGGGUCGAAUUUCCCCCAUUUUGGUCCAUUUAUGUCAAAUUUUGGCCAAAUUUCACCCAUUUUUACUGCAAUUUUUAUGUGAAUUUCCUCCAAUUUUACAACAAUUUUGGGUCAAUUUUGGACCAAUUUUUGACUCAAUUUUGGGUCAAAUUUCCCCCAUUUUGGUCCAUUUAUGUCAAAUUUUGGCCAAAUUUCACCCAUUUUUACUGCAAUUUUUAUGUGAAUUUCCUCCAAUUUUACACCAAUUUUGGGUCAAUUCUGGACCAAUUUUUUACUCAAAUUUGGGCCAAAUUUCCCGCGUUUUGGUCAAUUUCAGCCAAUUUUUGGCCGUAUUUCCCCCGAUUUUCGCCCAAAUUUUCCCCGUGGGCGUGUCCUAACCUGGCUCCUCCCCCAGCGCUCCGGGCCACGCCCCUUCCGGGCGACGCCUCCCUGGUGACGUUCCGUGGCCACGCCGUGCUGCACACGCUGCUGCGCUGCCGCCUGGCGCCGCCGGGGGGCGCUGCGGCCCUGGCGGCCGGCAGCGCCGACGGCAGCGUGCUGGUCUAUGACGCCAUCACGGGGCGUGUCCUGCGGCGCUUGGCCAAUCACGGCGCCUGCGUGCGUGACGUCAGCUGGAGCCCCGAGGGGGCGUGGCUUGCCAGCGCCUCGGUGGGCGGGGCUUGGGGGGAGGGGCGGGGUUUAAAGGGGAAAGGGGCGGGGCUUAAAGGGGAAAAGGGCGGG